AUGGCAGUCGCGAAUAAGAAGGCGAGUUUUGUAACCAGCGAUUUCGAAGUUUUCGGGAAAGUGCAGGGCGUCUAUUUUAGGAAACACACUCAGAAGAAGGCCACGGAGUUGGGUCUUAAAGGAUGGGUGAUGAACACAGCUCAAGGGACUGUCGUAGGACAAAUCCAAGGCCCUGCAGUAGCUGUAGAAGAUAUGAAAACCUGGCUGCAAAAGAUGGAAGCUCUUCGUCGGAUGCAGCAGAUCCCGCAAUGGCACUGCAUGAGGUACAGAAAGUUGCAGCUGCAUGGCCAUUGCAGUCGCUGGCUGCUGAUGCGACGGACCUGAUACCCUAGGACCUCGGUCAGGAACUGGAGAUCCAGAUAAUGAACCACAGCAUCAAAUGUAAAGUUUGUAUACGUCUUAAUACAUCUAGAAACUUACUCAAAUAUUUCUAUCAAAAAUUGUGAUUUUAUGACCCAAAUUGAUCUUUAAGACUUAAGGCAUAUAGCCCAUAUUAGGAAAUAUCUAAAACUUAUAACGAAAGAUGCAACUGCUUUACAAAACUUGCUGUCGACAACAUCAAUAAAUUAGAUAGGUGUGACUGUUGUGUUGUUUAUCUUUAUGAUCUAAAAUGAUCCUUAAAUCUUGGGCUGUAAAGUCUGUGUUUGAAGACUUGGAUAAAUUAGAACCUAUCAAUUGUGUAAAGCUGUUUAUAGACUUUCGAAAUUAUUAUAUUGAAUUAUUGACUGACUUUAGGGACCUUUCCUAUCUGGCGAUUCUUUAUAUUUACUAUACAAUAUAUUCACGUAGGUGUCAUAGGAAUAGAAGAAUUUAGAAGUAGGUAAUUUAUUAAAUGUUUUAAUUACGUCCGUAGUUUAUUUUAUAAGUUGUAUUUUUGUGUAUGAAUUAUUUAUUUAAUAUUAGUAGGUAUGUGUAAGUACAAAUCUUUGUAUGAUUUACUUAUUGACAUAUUUCAUUUAUAACUUACUGCGAAUUAUUUCAUUUGUCAUCAAGUUCUAAUGAAAGUGUAAAGUGUUUAGAAAUAGUGAAAGAUGAUAUUUAUUUAGUAGUUUUGUAAGAUUGUUAACAAUUUAUGUAAUAAUUUGAAAGUGUGUAGGUAUAGUACUGCACAAUAUCUGGUUAACUGCAUAUUACGAUUGGAACAUUUUAUUUUUAUUCAUUGACAAAUAAUGUUUGUUUCUCUUGACCUUUCUAAUUGUUUCAUUUUGUAAUAUUUUAUAUAUUAUGUAGAAAUAGCAUUUGUAUAUUUCAAGUUUCUAUAACGUCUUUAAAAUGAGUAUCUAGACGUAUAUAUAUAUGAAAACAGAUUAUUGUCAAUAUCUUCAAGAGUCUCUAGACCAGCAGCCUCUUUUGUCUCGAUAAUAGAAGUUUAAAGCUACGUUAGAGGUUAGUUGAAAUAUAGACUUUAACUUUUUUGUAUAAGUGCCAAAAUCGCUAAUAAAAGGAAAAGGGAAUGUUCUAGAAAUAUUGCAAUAUACUUGAGUGUAAACAAUGUAAAAAGGUUGGGGUCACACACA